GGAUGGAAGUAGUCAAGUUAUAUUUUAACAUGUUGACAGUAUUCUUAUUAUUUUGCAUCUCUAAUACGAAUUUCUCUAAACAAAUAAUAAACGAAGACCAUGUCUAUAGCUAGCUAAUUCAAAGGAUGUGUGUUAUCCAAUUGUCUAGAAGCGGAUUUGGCAGCACAAGUCAUCACAAGUAAUAUAAACAAACAACCCGGGUUCUGAAUAGAAUUUUUAGCUAGUUCAUGUUUUAUCAAAAAUUUAUUGUUUUUCCUUCGAAAUUAUAUGUUAAAUUUACAGAAUGUUUUAUGCUUAUAUAUUAGUAGUGAUUUUAAUUACCAUACGUGAUGCGACUUGUAUAAGUUCGUUUCUUUAUAUGAACAUUCACAACAGCGGCUUUCAUAGGGAAAUUCAUUACUCAUUAAAAUUUGGAGCGUUCAGCAAGAUGUCUUGUGAGCUGCUUCUGUUGCAGCAUUUCUCUUCAGCAAUUUAUGUCGAUACUGAUCAGUUGACAAACAUGAAAAAAUUUAAAAAGAUAAAUAGUUACGUACCACUUUAUGUCGAUGUGGAAAAACCGGCAAGCAAAUCGAGUCCUUUUUCGGUCUAUCUCUAUGAAGCGAUGCGCAGGGAGGUUAACAUUACGCUUCCGAUUCAUUUUCGCUAUCACGACCCAUCGGAGAAAAAAUUCGAACGCAUCCAAGUCGAAAGUCCGACACUAUACAUACAGUGUCGAAGUACCAGCAGUAAAAACCCGUUGAAAAAAUCGGGAAUCUUCCGGUACCCUUGCUCAAGCAGCACUCAAAUCUAUGACUAUGACAAACUAAAUCAGGCCGAACACUGUGACUGGCAGGAGUUAGAAUUUAAUAAUGUACCGACUGUAAUCAGUGUCCUUAUUCCGACUGGUAAUAGUGCAUCCUACAAGUUUAUCCUUCCUGCCACGAUUGUGAUCAGUUGGAUUGGUAGCAUGUAUCUCAUUUACAUUAUCGUAAAGUCAGGUAAGCGCAUAAAUAAGAAACUUUUAUAGAGACAAUCACGAAUAAAUGAUGAAACGCAGUUGUAAAUAUUCGUU